AAACCUAUCAGGAUGGAAGCGGUGCGAGGUCAUUUGGAGCGAUUGGUGGAGGUUUUGAAACCGCAGAUGGAGUUUUUAAACUGCCACAUGGUGGAUUAUUUGGUUAAGGACCACUGGAAGACGUAUAUUCCAGCAAACGUGCGGAAGGAGAUGAAUGGAAUGCCAGACUUGCUGGAGACUAAAGAGGUCUUCUGGAAUCAAUUCGACUCGAAAUAUGAAGGUGCCUCGAAGUUUCCCUCGUUAGUCAGCCACAUAGAGAAGAUGAAAUCCUAUCGACUGGACAGAAUGACCGACGUAACGAUGACGGUGGACCAACUGCGAACGGCAUUCGAUGCAUCCUUGAAGGAGACUCGCCUCCAAAUACCGGAGCUGAUGAGCGUUAAGAAACGGCACGAGGUGGAAAUUGCUUCGGCAGUUGUAGCGUCGCUUUGUACGGUGGUGGCCGGCAAAAACUCCGGCAACGAUCUUGGGCAGGUGGCGGUCAUCGAUGCCGGCGAUGGAAAAGGGUACCUCUCGUCGAGGGUGGCGCUGGAGCAUGGCAUUAAGGUGCUGGGGAUUGAUUCCAACGAGGGGCACACGGCAAGUGCCGAAAAGCGCAGAGAUAAGUUGAAGAAAAAGGUGCCUAAGGCAGUUAAAAAGCUAGAACUCCCAAGCGACGAUUACUUCAACAAUUUACUGGAAAAUGAUCCCAGCGCACAACCAAACUACAAAACCACCACCAAACUGAUCGACUUCGACACCAAUCUGAUCGAGAUGGUCCGCGAGCAAUUCCCAGACUCCCAAGCGAGCCAGUUCUGUUUGGCGGGACUGCAUACCUGUGGCAACCUGGGACCGAACUGCUUGCGCCUGUUUCACCAGAACCCACACAUCCAGGCGCUGUGCAACGUGGGCUGCUGUUAUCAUCUGCUGAUCGAGGAGUUCGUGGUGGAUCGGUUCUACAACGCGGACAAGGUGAAGGACAACCCGGGAUUUGGAUUUCCGAUGAGUCAAUUCCUGCGGGAGAAGAGUUUCCAUUUGGGUCGGAAUUCCAGGAAUUUGGCUGCGGAGUCCAUUGAGAGGUCUUGUUUCAAUCGGGAGAAUCCAAGCGACAAGUUGGGUUAUAGAGCCAUGCUGGAAAUUAUGCUGCUGCAGUUGGGAGCCGAAGCGGACAAACAGGUAGGUAAGCUGAAAUGUUCGGAUUUCGUGGAUUAUGUGAGGAAAGCGCUGCGAAGGUUGAACGUUGACGACUCAGGGAUUUCGGAGCAGUUUCUUAAAGAUUUAGAAAACAAAUUUCAAGUGGAGCUGGAACAGUUGAAAGUAUUCUAUUUGUAUCGAAUGACGUUUGCUCCCGUUUUGGAGGGGGUAAUUCUGUUAGACCGCCUUCUUUUCCUCAAAGAAUGUGGGUACGAUAAUAGUUUCCUGGUGAAGCUAUUCGAUCCGGUUGUAUCACCACGUUGUUACUCUAUUUUAGCGUUUAAAUAAACUAUGAAUACUUAUUCUAAA